CCCACCCAGUAAAGGGGAUAAGAGAUGAGGGUACUUAGCUAGGUGUUAAUGUUGGAUAGAGAUCAUGGCUGCAACGAACCUGGCCUCUUCUAUAACAUUCCAUAAAGCCGUCAAUUAUUAUCUUCCUAAUAAUAAAAGAAGAAUACACGUUUCUUGCUCACCUGAAGCUGCAACCGCCACAAAACCUGAAAUUGAACUAGACUUCAUCGGGCCGAAAGCAGAUGGGCCCAUGGAUAAAGCAAAAGCAGUGAGUGGUGAGAAGCUCCUUAGGAACAUCAUGUCUGAGAACAAGAUAGAGUUGUACGCUCCAUAUGGAAAGGUGAUGAAUUGUGGAGGCGGCGGAAGCUGUGGUACUUGUAUUGUGGAGAUUAUAGAUGGAAAGGAUCUACUGAAUGAGAGGACAAAUACAGAACUGCGAUACCUAAAGAAGAAACCUGAGUCAUGGAGAUUGGCUUGCCAAACUAUAGUUGGAAAUAAGGAAAACUCUGGAAAGGUAGUGGUGCAGAGGUUGCCCCAAUGGAAGAAGUGAACAUGCUUAUAAAGUGAAGAGCUAACUCACCAAGAAGCAGAAGAAUAUGCAUGUGGAGUAAUGCUUUGAGCAGAGUAUAAAUCUCUGGAAAUAUGAAUUUUAUUCAUUCACUAAAUGACAGCAAAGUUUUUCCUGCUUCAGCAUUUUAUUGUCCCAUGGAAAACAUUUUCCGUCGUACCAAACACACCCUUUAUUAAAAUCUCGCCGCUUAUAUUUUUCUCUUCUACUGUCUGCAUCCUUCUAAUUACUUCAUUGUUCUGAAGAAUAUUUAAGGCAUUCUUUUCUGAACAUAUUUUGCCACUCAUUUUCUUUUCUGGCAUCUCAUAUUAUUGGGACAGCAGAGGGUAAGAUACAAUGCUUUCUUCCAUUCA